CUCAAGUGGUUGGAGGUUCGAUCCUCAUCCCCCCAUUUCUGUGAUAGGGUGGAGGGACCCUCCCAUAUGUUACCGAUUUAAAAAUAUAAUAAUAUAAUGAUUGAACAAGCUAAAAGAUUGAUUGAAGAAAAGACAAGGCAAGCUCUGUUUAAAAUCUAACAUUUGUGUAAUAAUUUAAUUUAUUAGUUUAUACUUGUGACAAGCUACAAUGUGUUUUAGGCCCUUGUAGUUAUCCAUUGGAAUAUUUUGUAGCUAGAAAGUAUAUACCGUUGUACAAAGUAGCUUCAAAAAUUGAUAUAGCAAAAUAAGCUACAAUACAUAUAGUUUGCCAUUGGAGAUGCUUUAGCAUGAGUCAGUUUGCCAAACAAAAAAAAAAAAAAAAAAUAGAGCUACUGUCCUGUUAACCAGUACCUUGGAAAUACUGCACAUGGAAAAUGUUGAUCCCAUUCAACCUAGAUAGACUAGACAAGGUACUUUCCAUACCAGUCAUACUCAAUUAGCUAGUUUCAGAAUUCAGAUAUUUUCAUACUGCUCUAUAUUAAGAUUACACAGCACUCUUUCUGAAAGAUACUCAUUUAGAACACUUUUCAAUCAGGAAACCAUGUGAUAACCUUAUCUUAACACAAACUAGCAAGAGUUCAAGACCAUACAUUAACUCUUUCAGCAACUAAUUUUCAGGACAAUGUUGGUACAAUGAUGUGCACGAACAGAAUAGGAGUCGUGACGUGAUUCAUUUAGCGUCAGUUUCUGACUUGAUUCUUCAAAGAAAAUCAGUCAGCCAGGAAACCUGAAAAUUACCAGUAUUAUGUUUAUGCAUUAACUGAAAGGGGCAAACUCAUGCGCAACAAGGUUUUUCCCUCUUUUGUGUUCCUCCCUUGUACACAAUUUGAUUUACCUAAGUUGGCCAUUGGCCAAACUCUACUUUGCUGAAUGCAGAUCCAAUAGUCCAUUUUGACAACUUCUCAACAUGGUAGUAAUCUCAUACCAAUCAAGUCAUUAUCAGAUCAGACAACAUCACUGUCAGCCUGCACCAAUGAAUAACUAACAUUAACAUAAUUAACCAAACAAUGCAUCAGAAAGAAAACAUAUUAACCGAAUAUUAGAGCAAUUGAGGUCCGCUCCAUCAUCUCGGUCAUUACCAUUAGUCUUCAGUCUGAUUCUAGCUGAACUGAACAAUCAAACUUUGUAACGUAACUCCAAGUGCUUCAAACAAGGUUAGUUAACCACAAUAUUGUUGUUUCAGAAACUUUGGUGCAAAUGUUCACACCACUUAUCUUCCAGUAUAAUCAGCUAGUCGGGGUCACACGCAUUGUACAUCUGUUCACACCACUUAUUUUUCAGAUUCUCAACCAUAAGUUUGGGGGACUCAUUGCACCCAAAACCAGCUGUCUUGUACAUCAUAGAUCUUAUUAUUCAUAUUUAAGGUGUAAUCUUUACAAACGAGGAAAAGAACACAACCCAGAUAACCAUCGCUUUCGUUCUCCACCUUAUCCAAGGCACACAGCACACUCAGAAACUUAAAUUUAUUUCUGGACCACUUGUUCCUGAAAUACAAACCUAUUCAGCUAUAUAUAGGACUCUACCUCUUAUAAUCUCACAGAACUAAAAUUCCUAGGUCAUAUAAAUCCCAUUUAUCACAUAUUAUCACUUCAGGCAAGAGCCAGAAACCUGCUCAAAAAACAAGCUUCCCCUGAGUAAAACAAUAAGCUAAAAGAGUCCAGUAGUAAACAAGAUGGGGUCUGAUGAUACAUUAAGCAUAGAAUCUGAGUCAGUUCUGUCAUAUAGUAAGCUACAAGGAAGUCAAGUAAACAAGAUGGGGCCUAAUGAUACAUUUAGUAUAGAAUAUGAGAGUUGUGGGUUGUGUUUUGAGGAAAAUAAUAAAUUGAGCGAAUGUGAGCAUAUAGAGAGGAAGUCAGAAACAGAAAAUAAAGAAUGUAUAGACAUAAAGCAACCUGCCAAGCCCAGUAGCUCUUUCACUCACUCUGUCAUCAAUAUGACUGGGAUGGUUAUAGGUCUAGGGCAGUUAUCUACAUCAUACGGCCUGGAAAACGGAGGGUGGGUUUCUGCAUUCUUACUUGUAGGACUCGGAAUGAUAUGUGCCUAUAGUGCUUGCCUACUUGGUAAAUGCCUCGACAAAAAUCCUGAGUUAAGAAGCUACACUGACAUUGGACAGCAAGCAUUCGGGACAAAAGGAAAAAUCAUAGCUACAAUACUUAUCUAUACGGAUGUUUUCAUGGGCCUUGUAUCCUACACAAUUUCACUUCAUGAUAACUUAAACAUGGUCAUUAAAGGAAUUCCUAUUAAGGUACCCUUGAUCAAAAAAUCAAAGCUACUAACCACGACAGCAAUUUUGGUGACACUUCCUAGCCUAUGGCUCAGAGACUUUACUUCUAUAGCUUUUCUAUCAGCAGGUGGAAUUAUCAUGUCAAUGCUCAUUUUUCUGACAGUGACAGGUACAGCAAUUUUUGGGGUGGUGAAUGCAAACCAUAACAUACCAGUGCUGCACCUAAACAAAAUUCCUCAUGUAACUGGACUUUAUGCCUAUAGUUAUGCAGGACAUACUGUUUUUCCCAACAUAUACACAUCCAUGAAAGAUCCCUCCAAGUAUCCAAAGGUUACUGUAUUGAGCUUCACUACAAUCACGGCGCUUUACACAGCCUUGGCUUUCAUGGGAGCAAAAAUGUUUGGCCCCAACAUAAACUCUCAAAUCACCCUCAGCAUGCCACAAGAUAGCAUUGCCACAAAAAUUGCCUUGUGGGCAACAGUGUUGACACCUAUGACCAAAUAUGCACUGAAGUUUGCCCCACUUGCAAUCCAACUUGAGCACAAUCUUCCUUCUUUCACAAGUUCAAGGACAAGGAAAAUCAUAAGAGGUAGUAUAGGCUCGAUCCUUCUUAUAGCUAUACUAGCCCUAGCUCUUUCUGUGCCAUACUUCCAAUAUGUUCUCAAUCUAACUGGCUCUCUUAUCAGUGUCAGUAUAUCUAUCAUAAUACCAUGCAUCUUCUAUUCCAAAAUUCAUCUUGCUGAAAUUUCCAAACCUCACUUGCUCUUCAAUGGGAUCAUCAUCAUGAUUGGGUUCGUUAUUAGUUUAACUGGAACUAUGUCAUCUUCAAAGUCACUCAUCAAAAAAAUCACAACAGCUACUCCUUCAGGUUGACGAUGCUCUCAUAUUCUCUUUUGGGAAUCUAUCAUAAUAUGCCUCUAAACAACUCAGAUGACAUGAACAGAGGGUGUUGAAGAUAAUUGUAACACUUGUAUCAUUUACUAUAUUCUAUACAGAAUACCUAUGUUUAAUAGUAAUACUUGUUGAAAUAGAAGAGACACUUACAGUCUUACAGCUAGGAAGCCUUGUGACUUCUGAAUAUAAAUUGGAAUAAUAGAGGCGUUUGUUGCUAGGAGAGCCUUGUGACUUCUGAAUAUAGAGAUGCACUUCACUGAAACUUUCAAUUUUAUCAUAACAAUGAUAGAAUAGAUUUAUAUCAGGCAGGUAGAUAUCAAGCUUCUACCAGAAAAUAAGCAACAAUUUAAUGGUAGUGUUAUAUUCACAGGAAAACCCUAUAUGAAACUAUUUUUCCCUAAUAUAGAACUUAUUGGCCCUCAUUUUAACCCAUUUUUUUGUUAAUUAAUCUUGGGUAGCCCUAACUGACAUUACAGUGCCUUGCUCAAAAUCAUUAUCUACUGUGGUUUAACCAAUCAACCUGAUCCGAACAAAUAUGCCAGAAAACAUCAAGAAAGAAAGAAAAAUUCUGCAACCUAGUAUAAUUUUAUAAGAGCCUUGCACAGUGUAUACAUGGCUAGUUGAUCUGGUCUCACAAAUACUCAAAAAUGGCAGGGUGAUAAAUAUUCAACAGUAGGGUAGAGUGAUAAACUCUGCAACCAUGCUGUCCCAACUUUCCCAGAUUACCAUUAACAAGCUAUAAUUGCUUU